AUGGGCAGCGACGAGAAGCAAGAAACCACCGAGCCAUUGCCGGCCCAAGAGGAAAAACGACAAGUUGUGAUCCCUGUAUUACAACAGAUCGAAGCACCUCCGACAACCAAAUGGGAGAUUUGGUCGUGGUAUUUGUACUAUGUUGGUUGCAACGGCGUUGGCCCAUUCAACUUUGCGCCGACGGCUUUUCAGAGUCUACUGGCCCAAGCCGCCGGUGACUCGCAGUUCUUGCACUUUGCUGGCCGCGAGCGCGAUGUCAACAGCAUUGUUCUGCUUUGCAAUGGCGUAUCCUUUGCAAUACAGGCUGUCCUAUUCCUGGUCAUUGGCGCUUAUGCUGACUUUGGCACUGGCCGACGGUGGAUCCUCCUGGUCUGGUCUAUUAUUGCCUACGGAAUCGGAUUUGGGUGGAUAGGUGUCCAUACUGCUGAGAAAUGGAAAAUUGGUGCUGGACUGUACAUGAUGGGACUGAUCACAUAUCAAGUCACCACAGCUUAUUGGGUUGCGGCGUUCCCAUCGCUUGCUAGAAACACGCAGCAUCUCAGGGAUUCCCAAGCAGCCUACGCAAACGGAGAGAUAUCUCAGCGAGAGCUGGAUCGACGAGAUGAGAUGGAGCGUGCUAGACUGAGCAAUGUUGCAUUUUGGCUGCAAUCCGUCGUGGAGAUUUUCAUUCUGGCCAUCAUUGUGGGGAUCAUGUUUGGCGUCAAGGUUGACGAUAGCACGGAAAAUAACAACUGGGGGUUAUCUGUGCUCAUCACGUUUGCCUCGGCUUACUGGGUAGUCCUUUCAAUUCCUUGGUUCGUUCUCGAAAAGACUCGUCCUGGAUUACAGAUCCCACCGGGCAAGAAUAUCGUCACCACCGGAAUUUGGCAGCUCUAUGAAGCUGUCACACAAAUGUGGAGGCUAAAGCAGAGCUUGAUUUUCCUUGUGGGAUAUUUUUUUCUGGGGGACUCGCUCAACACGACCGUCACAGUGAUCUCAACGCUUCAAAAUCAAGUCGUCAGCUACAACACCUUGACACUCACAUACCUGCUCAUAGUGAACAUAGUCUCUCAAGCCACAGGCAUCGGCACAUUCUGGUUACUUCAGAAAAGGCUCAACUUGAGCGCCAAGACCAUGUUCAACGUAAUAAUGCUCUUUCUUGUUUUAUUGACUGCCUGGGGCAUGAUUGGCAACUGGACCAACAGGUUUGGAUUCCACAAUGUCUGGGAAAUCUGGGUCUACCAGGUUUUCUAUGGCCUUUUCCUUUGCCCCUGGUAUAGCUACGCGCAAAUUAUGAUCAGUUCGGUGACCCCGCGUGGGCACGAGUAUCUCUUCUUUUCCGUGUUUUAUAUUGUGGGAAAAGCAUCUAGUCUUAUUGGGCCGUUGAUUAGCAGUGCUAUCAUCGACGACACGCCCGGGGGAAGCAACAACAGCGCCCCAUUCUACUUUUUGUUUGCGUUGAGUCUUGUUAGUGCGUUGGGAAUUUGGUGGUUUUUGGAUCUGGAGAAGAGUAAGAGAGAGCAAGAAGACUUUCUUGUGCAGGAAAAGGCGCGUGUUUACAGUGUUGAUGUGGGUUCGGAGAAGGCGCCAGCUGCGUAA